AUGUCAUCGAUUCAGACGCUUUUCCUACAAUGCGGCUCUUCUUCAAUUCCUUCUUUCCCGUCCUCUUCUUCGCUGAAUCCUCGCGUUUCUGUAAAAUUUAACGUUUCUUGUUCAUGUUUGCCGUUGCCGGUGACUGUCGUUAAUGGAAAUGUAGACAAAGCAGCUCCGGAGAGGAAUGAAAUUCGCCUCGGUUUGCCAAGUAAAGGUCGAAUGGCGGCCGACACUCUCGAUCUUCUCAAAGAUUGUCAGCUGACAGUGAGGCAGGUGAAUCCUCGGCAGUACGUAGCCGAAAUUCCUCAGCUCGCAAAUUUAGAAGUAUGGUUUCAGCGGCCAAAAGACAUUGUACGAAAAUUGGUUUCAGGAGAUUUAGACCUUGGUAUUGUUGGUCUUGAUACAGUUAGUGAAUAUGGACAGGGGAACGAAGAUCUAAUCCUUGCUCAUGAUGCACUUGAGUAUGGAGAUUGUCGUUUAUCUCUUGCAAUACCAAAAUAUGGGAUUUUUGAGAAUAUAACUUCAUUAAGGGAGCUAGCACAAAUGCCUCAGUGGACAGCGGAUAAACCUUUGAGAGUUGCCACUGGAUUCACUUAUCUGGGUCCUAAAUUUAUGAAAGAAAAUGGAUUGAAGCAUGCUACUUUCUCAACUGCUGAUGGAGCACUGGAGGCAGCUCCUGCGGUGAGAAUUACUUCUUUACUAUAUAAUUUGAUAGGGUUACUAUCCUUUGUGGAAGCAUGA